CACUAGUUGAUAGCCGGUAGACGCCGAUUUCUGAAUACAGUUGGCGUCUGUUGAUCGAAGCGUCGCGACGACUUCCUUCUUUUCCCGUUACGGAUUUAAUACGCGUGUGAGAUCGUCGAUGCGCUUUUUUCGAAAAGCGAAAUUUUUUUCUUCAUGUUCGACUUUUAUACCAGCACUUGUGACAUGAACAAUCAAGUAGAUGGAAUGGAACUAGAGACUUUGUACCAAAGAUACUGCAUACGUUUGAAACACGCAUUGUAUCUGUCGUGUUUAACAGUGGCUAGUACUACCAGUGCCGGACUAUUGAUAGCAACAUGCGUGCUUCACGUGCAGGAUCUACAUAAAAGCAUCAUACCUAUAACAGUGAUGUCAAUUCUGACGCCGGCACUAAUCUUUAUACUUCUAGCGUCUCAUUUUCCUCCUGUUUUGGAAUCGGAAGCGUGGGCGUUGCUGUCUUCCUUACUGUUAACAGCUGGGGUAACGGCGGCUAUGCUCCUUUUAGCAGGUAGACAUGCACCGCUACCUCUGUUCGCGCUGUUGAUCGCCAUCCACACCAUGUUUCCGCUAUCGAGAGCAGUGUCUUUAGCUUUGGCAACUAUUGUGACCGUAGCUCAUUUGGCCACUUCGAUAGCCUAUAGGAUUAACGACAACGGCAUACAGAAUUAUUUGCAGUUGGUACCGGAAACGGUGAUGCUGAUAUCAGCUAGCUGCACUGGCGUUUACUACAGACAUAUGACGGAAGAGGCGCAUAGACGUACUUUCGUCGGUACAAGGACCUGUAUAGAAUCGAGAGUGAAGCUGGAAUGCGAAAAAGAACAACAAGAACAACUGCUAUUGAGUGUUAUUCCGGCUUACAUCGCAGCAGAGGUCAAACGCAGUAUAAUGUUGAAAAUGGCCGACGCUUGCCAGGAACAAUCGAAUCGGAGUUUCCACGAGAUGUAUGUGCAACGUCACAAUAACGUCUCUAUAUUGUAUGCGGACAUUGUAAACUUCACUCCUUUGUCGGAACAAUUGUCCGCCUCCGAUUUGGUCAAAACACUCAACGAACUCUUCGGUAGAUUCGAUCAAAUAGCUCAUGAGAAUCAAUGCAUGAGAAUCAAAAUUCUAGGGGAUUGUUAUUAUUGCGUUUCCGGACUGCCGGUUUCGAGACCCAACCACGCCUACAAUUGUGUAAAUAUGGGAUUACAAAUGAUAGAAGCAAUAAGGUUUGUACGUGAAGCGACAGGUUUCAACGUCGACAUGCGAAUCGGAAUUCACACAGGGAACGUAUUGUGUGGCGUCCUGGGUCUACGGAAAUGGCAGUUCGACGUCUGGAGCGACGACGUUACCUUGGCUAACCACAUGGAAUCGGGGGGAAUCGCGGGACGUGUCCAUAUAACAAGAGCAACUCUAAAUCAACUCGGAGACAAAUUUCAAGUGGAACCAGGAGAAGGAUCUAGUAGAGAAGGAUAUUUAUCCGAUCACAAAAUAGAAACUUUCCUAAUUAUUCCACCAAAGAUGGCCGAUUCAGAAAUUUCCAACGGGAAUCUAAAACCAAGACUGUCUAACAUAUCGGAAAGGACCAAUAGCAUUUGCGAGGGUACCAUGGGUUUGGGAUUACCGCAUACGAGGACGCGUCCAUCCAGCAAGAUGACUAAAUACGUGGAAUGCUGGGGAGCUGAUAAACCGUUUGCCAACAUCGCAGAAUCUACGCUUGCCAAAAAUAUUGAAUUAACGUCGACAUCGUAUCUUCAGACUUUAGCCAUGAUAGAAUCCAAUUUGCUUCCUAACCGGACAACAUGCUUGGAAUGCAAAAAAUGGUGGAAUAGCGAGGAACUUCAUCCCGCCUUGUUGUGGUUCCGAAAUAGAAAGCAAGAAACAGACUAUCGCGCCCAACCGGAUACUGAAUUUCGUUGUUAUAUUACUUGCGCCUCGUUUCUCUUUCUGGCGAUGUGCCUCAUGCAAAUUACCACGAUUCCCAGAACGAUCACUCUUUACGGUACUCUCGGACCAACUUUGGUAGUUCUACUCAUAUUCGUGUACUUAUGUUGGUUGGACGGUUGUUGCGGCCCUCGGCCUCCUUCGGAUACUCCCGUAGACGAACCGGGAGAAUGUUCUCCUCCCGGACAAAUCGUAGCUGAGAGUCGUUGUCUUCGACUGUCGAUUUUUUUGGUAUCAGUAACACUGAUAUCAACAUGCGCAGUAAUUACUCUCAUCAAUUACGGUCCACAACCUAUACCGAUACCGAUAACUCCAACAACAACGGAAAUGCCAGAAAUCGACAUGAAUAAUUCAAUCUCGAAAUGGAAUUUAACAAACGGAAUUUCUCCGAUUGACAACAGCAUUCCAAAAAUUAUCGUAGUGCAAUACGUGCCUACUUAUCUCUACAGCUCGGCUUUAGUACUGGCGGCUAUAUCAGUUUUUCUGAGAAUGGGAUUCUUAUUAAAAUUAUUAUUAAUGACAGCUUCGGUUAUCGUACACAUUUUGAUAUACAGUUAUAUGGAUUUUUUUCAAGAUUACCACGAUUCUCACGACGACGAAUUUCCUGCAAUACCUUUUGAAAUAAAAACGGCAAUAGCUCUAGCAUUGGUUGUGAUAUUUUUUCAUAUACUCGAUAGACAAAUCGAGUUUACGGCUAGAACGGAUUAUUUAUGGAAAGCGAAGCUGAAGGUGGAACAAGACGAAGUCGAAACCAUGCGCGGAAUAAACAAGAUUCUUUUGGAGAAUAUUCUUCCGGCGCACGUGGCUGAACAUUUCUUAAAUACAAGAAUAACAGAAGACCUCUACCACGAAAGGUAUUCCUGUGUUGCCGUCAUGUUCGCUUCCAUUCCUAAUUACAAGGAAUUUUACGACGAAAGUGAUGUAAAUAAACAGGGCCUGGAGUGUUUGAGACUACUCAAUGAAAUUAUUUGCGAAUUUGACAAGCUACUUUUAAAACCAAAGUUUAGUUGUAUAGAAAAAAUUAAAACAAUCGGUAGUACUUACAUGUUGGCGUCGGGUUUAAGGCCUGGUAAAGAAGAAACUAGUAAAGAGGCUAGUAGAAAGGAAGAACACAUUAUAACAGCACUAGUAGAAUUCGCAAUAUUGCUGAUGACUAGUUUAGAACAAAUAAACAGAGAUGCAUUCCAAAGAUUUAAAUUGAGGAUCGGCCUAAAUCACGGACCUGUAAUAGCGGGAGUGGUCGGAGCGCAAAAACCCCAAUACGAUAUUUGGGGUAAUACUGUCAACGUAGCGUCCAGGAUGGAUUCUUGUGGACUGUUAGGUAAAAUACAAACGACCGAUGUCACUGCUGAAGUUCUUAUGAAUGCUGGUUACCAAUGCGAUUGUAGAGGCCCGACGUACGUUAAAGGAAAAGGUACUUUGACAACUUAUUUUGUCAAAACACCGUUUGAUGAUAAGGAUCAUUGAAGAUAAUAUGUGAUAUAAUGCAAAUUAAAUGACACUUAAUUUAUAA